AUGUCGAAUAAUAACGUUAGUCCAAAGGAGGGCAAAAAAGAUGAUGAAAACAGCAUUGAGAAUAUUGAAGACUUCGGGACUAAUGCAGAUAAUGAAGGCAGUAAAGACAAUGCGAAUGUUAAAGAAAGCAAAAAUAAUACAGAAAAUGGAAACGAAGAUAUUGAGAAUAAUGCAAAUAAUUUGAAUAACACGAACAAUGAAGGCAUCAAAGAUAAUGAGGAUAUUGUAAAAAAUGAAAGUAAUGCUAAUGGAAAUAGUAAAGAUAAUGUAAAAUUCAAAAAUAAUGAUGAGAAAAAUACUGACAGUGAAGAUAAUAAGGAUAAUGACACUUAUAACGAGAAUAGUAAAGAAUCCAUAAUUAAAAAAAAUAAAACUGAAGAUCACGAAUUCAAAGAGAGUAAUUAUGAUAUAUAUUUUGAGGAUGAUAUUUUGUGUCGUAUUUGUUAUGAUGAUGGUUCAGGUGAACCACUAGUUGUACCGUGUACAUGUAAGGGUACAAUGGCGUUUGUACAUAAAACAUGCUUAGAGCGUUGGCUAGCUGAAUCAAAUAGUAGUGCUUGCGAACUAUGUCAUUAUCGGUAUAAUACACAAAGAGCUACCAAGUACAAAGUUUGUGAAGCAAUAUGUAAAUGGUUACGAUACAGUGAUGAAGACUAUGAUUUUCCAGGACGUAACGUAAGAACGGACAUAGUUGUUUGCUGUAUGUUAACACCUUUUGCGUUUAUCGGAUCUGGUUUGUGUAUAUUAACAGCCGAUUAUUAUUCAAAUGAAAGAUUUUCUAAAAUACCAGCAGCAAGAUGGACAUCUAUAUCUUUGUUACUCAUGAUUGGAAUUGUUGUAAUAGGUUACUAUCUAUGGGUUUAUAUGGUAGUCAGAUACCACGGACAAAUGUGGUAUGCUUGGUGGCAACGAGAUAGUAUAGUUAAAGUUAUUAUAGCAGAUGUAAAUCGUGUUCCUUGAACUAAAAUUUAUAGUAAUUCUAUUUAAUAGUAAUCAUAAUGGAACAAAUUUUGGGCAAGC